GCAGUGACGCCGAGGCGAGGUCGCGGCGAAGCAGAGGCGCCGGGGUUUCUGGGCCGGGCUUCUCAGGACCGGGCUGGAACGUGCAGCUCCUGUCCGGGACACUCUGGGCUUUGCGGGGAAGGGACGUGGCGGAGCCCGAUGACCCGCUGCCGCUCGGGACUGAGCCCGCCACGCAGGCGCCUGUGCCAGCGUCGCCAUUGUUGCCUGUGGCCUUAGGGCCGCUCCGGCUGCCCGUCGGCCGGGUCCCAGCGACAGGUAUUGAUGUCCGGGCGCAGCGCGCGAGUGUCCGCGCGAUCAGUGACAGCCCGAGCCCGUCCACGCGCGGGCUCCCGUGCUCGUGGCCUGGGGAGGGCAAAGACGGGGUGGAGGCUGCUGUGGGCCCAGUCCCAGCGUUGCGCGUCGCACGGUCCCCGACUCCCCCGCUGCCCUCGCCCUCGACCCUGCGGCUGAAGAGGAGUAAGAGGCAGAGGAACUUGGCCGGGAAGGGGAGGCGACAGGAGGCAAGGGUCUCUUAUCCAUCCCUGCAAGUUCUGGGCUCAGAAUUUGUCACUAAGGCUGCUAACUCUACCUUGAUUCUGUUCUGCCCUCGGCUGCAGCAGCCUUUGAUAUAGUGUCCUUGUGACUCUAGCAUGAGACUUCAAGCAGUUGGCUCACUACUGGAGAAAUAAAGGAUAUUGCCAGAUUGACUCUCCUGUCUGUAGCAAUGUUAGCCUCAAGCAAGAGGAUGAACAGUUCUUCACGUUCUCAAAUCCUUCUAAGGUGGAAGUCAGACAAGGCUCAGAGUGGACCCUACAAUGUUGAGAAGGAAAUCCUUACUUCGAGAUUCUUGCGUGACACUGAGACCUGUCGACAGAAUUUUAGGAAUUUUCCAUACCCAGACCUGGCUGGUCCUCGAAAGGCAUUGAGUCAACUCCGAGAGCUCUGCCUUAAGUGGCUGAGACCUGAGAUUCACUCAAAGGAACAAAUUUUGGAGCUGCUGGUGCUGGAGCAAUUCCUGACCAUCCUGCCUGGUGAGGUUAGGACUUGGGUAAAGUCCCAGUAUCCAGAGAGCAGCGAGGAAGCAGUGACUCUGGUGGAGGAUUUGACUCAGAUUCUAGAAGAGGAAGCUCCUCAAAACUCUACCCUUUCCCAAGAUACCCCAGAGGAAGACCCCAGAGGAAAACAUGCUUUCCAGACAGGAUGGCUAAAUGACUUGGUGACCAAAGAAUCGAUGACAUUCAAAGAUGUGGCUGUAGACAUCACCCAGGAGGACUGGGAGUUAAUGCGUCCUGUGCAGAAGGAAUUAUACAAGACUGUGACGUUACAGAACUAUUGGAACAUGGUUUCUCUGGGACUUACAGUGUACAGACCAACUGUGAUUCCCAUAUUGGAAGAACCAUGGAUGGUGAUAAAAGAAAUUUUAGAAGGCCCUAGUCCAGAAUGGGAAACUAAAGCCCAAGCAUGUACUCCAGUGGAGGAUAUGUCUAAACUCACAAAGGAAGAAACCCAGACCAUCAAAUUAGAAGACUCAUAUGACUACGAUGAUAGACUAGAGAGGCGAGCAACAGGUGGCUUCUGGAAAAUUCACACUAAUGAAAGAGGUUUCAGUUUGAAGUCAGCCCUUUCACAAGAAUAUGAUCCUACAGAAGAAUGUCUUAGUAAAUAUGAUAUAUAUAGAAAUAAUUUUGAAAAGCAUUCAAACCUAAUUGUACAGUUUGAUACCCAAUUAGAUAAUAAAACUUCUGUGUAUAAUGAAGGCAGGGCAACCUUCAAUCAUGUCUCAUAUGGUAUUGUACAUAGGAAAAUACUUCCUGGAGAGAAGCCUUACAAGUGUAAUGUGUGUGGGAAAAAAUUUAGGAAAUACCCAUCCCUCCUGAAACACCAAAGUACCCAUGCCAAAGAGAAAUCAUAUGAAUGUGAAGAAUGUGGGAAAGAGUUUAGGCAUAUCUCAUCCCUCAUUGCACAUCAGAGAAUGCACACUGGAGAAAAACCAUAUGAAUGCCACCAGUGUGGUAAAGCCUUCAGCCAGCGUGCACACCUUACUAUACAUCAGAGAAUUCAUACUGGAGAGAAACCCUAUAAGUGUGAUGACUGUGGGAAAGACUUUAGUCAGCGUGCCCACCUUACCAUCCAUCAAAGGACACAUACUGGAGAGAAACCAUAUAAAUGCUUGGAAUGUGGUAAAACCUUCAGUCAUAGUUCAUCACUGAUUAAUCAUCAGAGAGUUCAUACUGGAGAAAAACCUUAUAUAUGCAAUGAAUGUGGGAAGACUUUCAGUCAGAGUACACACCUUCUUCAGCAUCAAAAAAUACAUACUGGGAAGAAACCAUAUAAAUGCAAUGAAUGUUGGAAAGUGUUUAGUCAGAGUACUUACCUUAUUCGACAUCAGAGAAUUCAUUCUGGAGAGAAGUGUUAUAAAUGUAAUGAAUGUGGAAAAGCCUUUGCUCAUUCCUCAACCCUUAUUCAACAUCAAACCACUCACACUGGAGAGAAAUCCUAUAUAUGUAAUAUAUGUGGGAAAGCCUUCAGCCAGAGUGCAAAUCUUACUCAACAUCAUAGAACACAUACUGGAGAGAAACCAUAUAAAUGCAGUGUGUGUGGGAAAGCAUUCAGCCAGAGUGUGCACCUUACUCAACAUCAGAGGAUUCAUAAUGGAGAAAAACCCUUUAAAUGCAAUAUAUGUGGGAAAGCAUAUAGACAAGGCGCAAAUCUUACUCAGCAUCAAAGGAUUCAUACUGGAGAAAAACCUUAUAAAUGUAAUGAAUGUGGGAAAGCUUUCAUUUAUUCCUCAUCACUUAAUCAACAUCAGAGAACUCAUACUGGAGAGAGACCCUAUAAAUGUAAUGAAUGUGAUAAGGAUUUUAGCCAGAGAACAUGCCUUAUUCAACACCAGAGAAUUCACACAGGAGAGAAACCCUAUGCAUGUCGUAUAUGUGGUAAAACCUUCACCCAGAGUACAAACCUUAUUCAGCAUCAACGUGUUCAUACAGGUGCCAAACAUCGUAAUUAAUGAAUAAGGGAAACUUCAAUUUGGUUUUACAACUUCGUUUCAAUUUUAUUUUGUGCAUUCUGUGUGUCAGAACAUUCAGAAGAUGUCUGAAGAAGUGCAAUAUGUUAGAUACUCAGCAGAAGUAUCAGAAGUAGUGGUAUGGAUAUAACCUAUUUAGAUUUAAUGUGAAAUUUAAGAAGGAAACUUGACUUCUUAACCUUAAUUUGAUAUGAGUUUAAUUCAUUACAGAAAGAAACCCUGUGAAGGGUAUUCAAAAACGUAACUCAUCAACUCUUUAUUUCAAGUAUAGUUAUCCCUUGGUACACUCGGGGGAUUGGUUCCAGGACCACCCAUGUAUACCAAAAUCUACCCAUACUUAAGUUGCACAGUCAGCCUGGCGGAACCUGUGUAUAUGAAAAGCCCUACAUCUACGCAGGUUUCCCAUCCCUGAAUAAUGUGCUUUCAAACUCUGUUCAGUUGAAAAAAAAAUUCCAGUAUAAGUGGAUCUGUACAGUUCAAACGUGUUGUUCAAGGGUCAACUGUACAUCCUAAUGAGGCCUUAUGAGUGUAACUUAGGAAGGUGUCCAUCAAGUGGAGAUUUCACACUAGAGAGUGAUCUUAAAAUUACAGAAAAAAGAAAGCUGCUUUCAGGCCUUUUAUUCCCAGCUUUGAAGCCUUAAAAUAUGUAAAGGACUCCCUUCCCUGUUUUACUUUCCCUUCUCCUGUUAUGCCAUAACUGCCAUAUGGAGCCAGUAGGUUUGAAAAAAAAACAGUUGGAAGUAUCUUAAAGAUUUCUAUGUGACCACUGUUUGGUUACACCUUCCCUCAGAUACGGAAAUAUUAAAGAGAAGCUUAAUGAAAGAUAUGAAAGAAACUAAUGUGUAUAUAACAUUAGAUGUGUAGAGAUUUAGUUAAAUGGGCAAAAAUUAAAUGCCCCAAGCUUAAAUGAAUUUUCAAUACACAUCAGCCUUGAUUUCACUAGGUUUUGACAUUUAAGGUCAUCCGGAAGGAAAAAAGUAGGUAUAAAGUAUACAGUUCCCAUUUUUUUCACCUGACUCCUAAAUUUAUACUUUAGGUUUCUCUGUGACUGUUUUAGUAUGGAAAGUUCAUUUCUUCCACUGAAAUAUGUUUCUUGAGUGUCUACUAUGCUCAGGUCCCAAACUUCCUAAUUGGAUCCUCUCAAGGCUUGUUACAGUGCUGAAAAUCACAGGUGGUUUACACAACAGAAAGAUUUCUAGAGUGAUGAGAAAGUGAGGAUGUGAUAUUUUGUCAUGGGUUGAGUGUAAGCAACCUGCUAAAAUGGGUUGCCAAAUGCUACCUGUAUCCCAAGAGAAGGAAGUGGAAGUAAUAGUGUAGCUAUAUAAAUGAUGUGAGAAAAAAGUAAAUAACGGAAAAUAGAUUUGAGUUCACUGCAGAAUGUGGGUCAGGGGAAAAGGUGAAAUUUUAAUGGAGUGAGGAAAACAUACAUAGAUAAUUGCUACAACAUGAAAUGUAAUUGGACUUGCUUUGCCUAUGAAAUGAGAGCGGCUAAAUUAAAAAGAAUUAAGCCUGGCUAUUAGAAGAAACUAAAAACAAAAUGACUGAUUUUUAAAGAAUAAUUGGAAGCCUGACACUCCUUCAUACAUACAAGUAAAAUAGAGAUUACUCUUAACAUGUCAGGAAAAAAUUUAAUUGGAAAAAGCAUUGAUGCAGUAAUCAUUAAACAAUGAUAACUGGGUUUGUGGGUCUCAAACAUAAAAGGAAAACUGGCAGAAAUGCAAAUAGAAAUAGAUAAAAAUACUAUUGUAUUUCAUAUUUACAGCAUUCCACUACCAGAAUAUAAGGCCAUAUUCUGAGAACUGAGAUUCCAUUGUGCUCAUGUUUGUUUCUCCAUUCCCUUGCAUAAUAGUGCAUGGUCAAUAUAUGGUUGAAUUAAUGAAUAAAUUAUAUAAAUUAGAUUUCAGUAAUAAAGUAGAAUUGACUGGCCUGGAGUGAAAAUUGGUAUAACUAAAAAUACUUUUGUGCAUAUAUCAAAUAAAUGUUCAACAAAUAACA